CGGACCCGUUCAGGAGCAGCCGCCGGAGCCGGAGCGCUGCCGGGGGCGGCCCCGGGCAUGGGGCAACCGGCGCGGUCCCGGGGCUGGCGAUGGAUGGCGUGACAGCGGCCACGAUGCGCUCCGAGGGCGCGGCCCCGAGGCGGGCGGCGCGGUACGGGGCGCUGAGCCUGGUCCUAGCCACGCUACUGGGCCAAGUGACCGAAAGCCGAGGGGUCAUGGAUAAUAUACAGAGAUUCUCUUCAUUGCCGCCGUACCUGCCCGUGAGCUUCCACGUCCUCAGAGCCGAGACUGCAUUCUUCCUAAAGGAGGCCAACCCCGACCCGCUGCGGAAUGCCAGCCUGCAGUCCAGGGUGGAGUCUUUCUUCAUCUACAAGGCCCAGCAGCCCCCGGUAUUAAACGUCAGCUAUGGGCCUUACUCUGCAGAAAAGGUCAUCCCUCUGGACUUGAUGUUGAACCCCAACUUUUUAGGCCCAACCAGUAAGUUUCCCUUUGACUGGAGGCUGAAGGCCUACAUCCUUCAAGAGAAAGUCUACCUGAGCCAUCCCAAAGUACAGGUGCUCUUCCACAUCGUGGGCCGAGACUGGGAUGACCACAGGGACGAGAAACUGCCCUGCCUGCGGGUCUUUGCGUUCAGAGACAGCCGGGAGGUUCGAGGCAGCUGUCGUCUGGGUGGGCCCCUGGGACUGUGCGUGGCCCAGCUGGAGAUGCUGCCUGGCUGGUUCAGUCCCCCAGCGGUUGUAUCUGGGCGCAGGAGGCCAGCAGAGCGGCCAGAGGGGAGUCCGGUGGAACUGUAUUAUGCUGUACAGCCAGGGGACGAGCGUGGUGACUGCACUGGAGGUGACACCAGGAAGGACAAUGCUAUUCGUCCAGGAAAGGAUGGACAGGAGGGCAGGACAUCCCACCUACAGAAGAUUGGCACCAUUAGCCUUUACCGCGCCCAGGACAGCACCCAGCUCAGCGAACUGCGCCUGGAUGGCAAUGUGGUCAUCUGGCUGCCCUCCCAGCCCGUCAAGCAGGGAGACAUAGUCACCGCAUCUGUCACCAUCGCCAAUAACUCUACUGUGGACCAUUUCAUCCUAAGAGCCAAGGUGAAGAAGGGGGUGAACAUCCUGACCGUGCAGACCAGCGAGCCUCGGCAGUGGGAUGUGAGGCAAGAGGUGGGCAAUGGAGGGAAGCACACCACCACCUCGGUGGCCUGCCAGCGCCUGGGCCCUGGGGCACGAAAUAGGAGCAGCAAUUUAUUCAGCGAGGUCAUGCAGAUGAAUUUUGAAAUCGCCAGCUUCAGCAGCCUCUCGGGGACACAGCCUAUCACAUGGCAGGUGGAGUACCCGAGGAAGGGGGCCACGGACAUUGCUGUGUCGGAGAUCUUCAUCAGCCAGAAGGACCUAGUUGCCAUCGUCCCCCUUGCUAUGGACACUGAACUCCUGAACACAGCCAUCCUCACAGGGAAGACGGUGGCCAUGCCUGUCAGGGUGGUGUCGGUGGAAGAGAAUAGCACCCUGAGGGACAUCUCGGAGUUGGUGGAGUGCAAGGCCACAGACGAGAAUGUCAUCAAGGUCUCGGACCACUGUGACUAUGUCUUUGUCAAUGGUAAAGAGAUCAAGGGCAAGAUGGACUCUGUGGUGAACUUCACCUACCAGCACCUGAGCGCACCGCUGCAUGUCACUGUGUGGGUGCCACGGCUUCCCCUGCAGAUCGAGGUCUCUGACACAGAACUCAGCCAGGUUAAGGGCUGGAGAGUCCCCAUCGUGGCCAGCAAGAGGCCCACUCGGGACAGUGAGGAGGAAGAAGAGGAAGAACAGAAAGGCCGGGGUUGUACCCUGCAGUUCCAGCAUGCCACAGUGCGCGUCCUCACCCAAUUUGUAUCAGAGGGUGCUGGGCCCUGGGGCCAGCUGAGCCACCUUCUCAGUCCAGACUGGCAGUUUGACAUCACCCACCUGGUGGCUGACUUUAUGAAGCUGGAGUCCCCACACAUAGCCACCCUGCAGGACAGCAGGGUCUUGGUUGGGCGGGAAGUCGGAAUGACCACCAUCCAGGUGUUGUCUCCCCUGUCCGACUCCAUCUUGGCCGAGAAGACAGUAACUGUGCUGGAUGACAAAGUAUCUGUGACAGACUUAGCUGUCCAGGUGGUGGCUGGGCUGUCUGUCACCCUACACCCCAUCUCAGAGAACAACAAGGCCACCUCAGCUGUGGCCAUGGCAGAAGAGCUGCUACGUGCCCCAAAAAAGGAAGCUAUAAUCAGCACAUGGCUCCAGUUCAGUGAUGGCUCAGUGACACCCCUGGAUAUCUACGACUCCAAGGACUUCUCCUUGACUGCCAUCUCUUUGGACGAGGCUGUCGUGUCCAUCCCCCAACCCCUCUCGCCUUGGUGGCCCACCGUGGUAGCUGAAGGAGAAGGCCAGGGCCCACUGCUCCGGGUCGAUAUGUCCAUUGCCGAAGCCUGUCAGAAAUCCAAGCGCAAGAGUGUGCUGGCUGUUGGCAUUGGCCACGUGGGGGUCAAGUUUGGAUGGGAUGACGCUGACUCCAGCCAGACUGGAGAAAAGGAUGAGGAGGAGAUCAAGAACCAUGCCAGUGACCGUCGGCAGAAGAUUCAGGACCUGGAACGCCCAGGCCAGGAUGAACUAUACCAUGGCAACUUUCCUGGGGAUCGUGAAGAAGGAGCGCUGAGUGCUACCACCACUACCAAGUCCCUGCUGGAUAACAACGUGGGGAAGAGUGGCAGGCGGGACGGGGCUAGGCUACACAGCAUACCCAUUGACUUCACCAAUUUCCCGGCCCAUGUGGACCUCCCCAAGGCCAAGACCAGGGGCACACUGGAGGAGAAUGGUCUCAUGCAGACAGCCCAUGGCCUGAGUGACCUAGAGAUUGGGAUGUAUGCCCUCCUAGGUGUCUUCUGCCUGGCCAUCCUUGUCUUUCUCAUUAACUGCGCCACCUUUGCCUUCAAGUACAGGCACAAACAGGUGCCUCUGGAAGGCCAGGCAUCCAUGACCCACUCUCAUGACUGGGUCUGGCUGGGCAAUGAGGCGGAGCUCUUGGAGAACAUUGGGGACCUGUCCCCACCCCAGGAUGAGCACACGACCAUCAUAGACCGAGGGCUGGGGGGCUGUGAGGAGAACAACCACUUACUUCUCAACGGUGGCUCCCAAAAGCCCACGCAGAGCCAGGUUCACAGGCCGCCAGGCUCCGGGGGACGGCAGACCAGGGAGCCCAGGCAGGAGCCUGCAAACUCACCCACCUCCAAGAUGAAGAAGGUCAAGUUUGCCACAUUCACCAUCCCACCUGAGGAAAGCUGCCCCACGGUGAACUCCAUCCUCAGUGGGGAAGAUGAUAUCAAGUGGGUUUGUCAAGACCUGGACGUGGGCGCACCCAAGGAACUCAGAACCUACCUGGAGAAAUUCCAAGACAGUGUGUAGCGCUCUGGCCUCCUCGCCAACUUGGGACAGUAGCCUCCUUCCCGACCUCCCUCAGCAGAGUAGCUGAACGGAAGGAGCUCUCAGUGGACUGAGUGAGGAAAUCUGGGGCCCACAGAAUACCAGGUAGCAGGUUAGAAGCUGGGAAGGGAUGUUUUUAUACUAAAGCAGUUUUUUUUGUUUUUUGUUUUUUGUUUUUUGUUUUUUUUAGCAGCAAAGGAUGGUAGGUUUCCAGAAGUUUGAGUCUCUGACUCAGCAGCGAGGCAGAGUGGAUCCGAAAGAGAACUGCUCAGACAUGAGAGAGUUAUUUUAUGAAUCAAACGACACUGCAGACAAGCUACCAAAAAUAUUUGUUAAAAAAAAUAUAUAAAAAGACGAAUAAAAAAAACACACAAAUGACUGUCGGUUUAUAUUUCUAAUAAAGGAACAAAAUGUAAAAAUAGGGCUUGCUAAAAGAAGGCCUACAUUUUAAUUCAGUCUUUAUGCUUCUGAGGACAGUCCAGGUCUGUUAGCCUUCUGCCCAAGGAGAGGCACAUCUGAACAAUGGUCACCUCUUAGGAAGAAUGAGAAUUUUACAUUGGAUUCCAUUAUCUCUGUUUGCUUCCAUGUUUCUUUCUAAGGUCCUAAGCCUCCAUUUGAUUCAAUGUCAUGUUUAUUUCUGAGGACCAAGUGGUACAUUUUCCUAAAUGAAAUGUAAAUUAUAUUUCUAUUCAUUAGAUAGCUUUUUCCCCCUCUUUUUAAGAAGAUCAUCAACGAAUCCAGUCUUUACGUUGUAACAUUAACCUGUCUUUAUAUUAUACAUCUCUUGCUUUGUUAAUAUUUUCUGGCUUGUUUGUAAUUCUUUUUGUUUUUUUGUUUUGUUUUGUUUUAACAAUAUAGCAAGUGUGCAGUUCCCCACAUGGGGAGAGUGCACCCCACAAUCUGUCAUCAGCCGGGUCAGGCCAAUGAGUGGAAUAAUGUUCACAGCUAUCUGAAUAGGGUAUGGCCAAGAGAACAGAGUGCAGCCUGUGACACCUGGCCACUCCCUAUGGAGACAGAGACUCAGUGGGUGUCUCCGGCAGUUUGGGCAUAGGGAUGCCUCUAUGUGAAGAGCUGUGAGUGAAAUCCAUAAACUCGAGGUGUGCAGAGUCAGGCAGAUGGGCCAUGUCUACCACAAGAUACAGCCGACCCUGUACUGAACAAACAGAAAAGACAUGUGGGGGAGGGGCAGGCUGGAGUUAUCUGAUUUUAUUACUGGGCAAGGCGAACCAGCAUGAACUCAAAAUGAUUUUUUUAAAAAAAAGAAAUCUAUGUUAGAUUGUCAAUCAAACUGCGGCUUUGAAGAGUAUGGCUGUGUUAACAGCACAAUGCAGUAUCAUAUCCACUCAAAACAGAGUGUUUACGCAAAAAGCAGGAGGGAUCAAAUGAACUAGGAUGUCCGGAGCCUGGCGCUCUCCAUCCAUCAGCUGAGGGAGAGGAUGUUGGGCACUGUGACCCUCAGCAGAGCAGCAUUCACAGAGAGACCAGGGGACGGCCAUUGUUUGGGUUUUUUUGUUUUUUUUCUAUUACUAAAAUCAGUAGCUGAGAAAAGGUCUCAGAAGCCUAGUGGCCUUGGUUGGACCUUUGACACAUAUAUUUGUAGCAUUUACAAUAGAUUAAAAAAAAAAAAGCUAUUUAUUUAUACCUGUGGUGGCAGUUGUCAUUAAAACGCUUGCCAUGCUUCC